GUUAUGAUGUCAGCGUACUGAUCACCGCCAUUUUGGUUAUAAUUUGGCGAAAAUAUGUCCAUAGAAGCUCAUCCUGUAACUCAUAUACAGGUUGAAAAUGUAUCUGUUGCAGAUUAUGCCCAGUAUAUCACCCAUGCGACGCCGGUACAUGUUAUGACAGAUGGCGGCCCAGAGGGCGCCACCAUGACUUUCAUCGAGCACACAGUGCUCGAUGCCAACCAGGUCUUGGAGCCACACCAAACCAUCGAGGUCUACCAAGCCAUUCAGCAGGGUGUCCUCGAACAGGUGGUGUUGGAACAGCCAAUCAUUGCACAGAUAACAAACGGUGCAGCUGAUGUGCAAUCAGAUAUCAAACCACCUGUUGGCAAGGGCCCGUUCAACUGUGAACUGUGUGACAAGAUCUUCAAGAAAUGGAACCAGCUGCAGCGUCACAUGAAAACCCACGAUGAGGACAAACCAUUUCGAUGUCUACAGUGUCCUGUGUCCUUCAACAUGGAGGACAACCUCAUCCUCCACCAGGCCACGCACGUGGCAGAGAACAGUGUCCCCACAUGUCCCGAGUGCAACAAGAAGUUCUCGCGGGUUGCCAGUCUCAAAGCUCACAUUAUGAUGCACGAGAAGGAGGAGAACUUGAUGUGCCCGGAGUGUGGAGACGAGUUUAGUGUACAGAGUCAGCUGGAUCGACACAUGCAGGAACACCGAGAGGAACACGAGGGAGCAAGACGGCAUGCAUGUCGGCAGUGUAACCAAGACUUCUCCAAACUCUCCCUGCUCAGGGAACACAUGAAACAGCAUUACAAAAUCAAGGCGUCUCUGUCUCAUCGAACAUACAAGAGGAACAUCGAUCGCUCUUCCUUCCAUCAUAAAUGCAAACACUGCACCAAGACAUUUCAGAAGCCCAGUCAACUGCUGAGACAUGAGAGAAUACACACAGGUGAGCGUCCAUUCAAAUGUAAGAUCUGCAAUAAGGCUUUCAACCAGAAAGGAGCACUACAGAUCCACACCAGCAAACACACUGGAGAAAAACCUCACAUGUGUGAAUUCUGCCCCAUGACAUUUGCUCAGAAAGGAAAUCUGCGAGCACAUAUACAGCGUGUGCACAAUAUUGCCAAAGAUGGAAGUCGACCAACUUUUGAGUGUGAAGAGUGCAGCUGUGUCUUCAAGAAACUGGGGAGCCUAAACGCCCACAUUAGCAGGGCGCACUCCGACACAUCGGAUUUGCCAACUCAGGUAGAAGUGAGACGAGUUGGUGCAGAAGAAGCCAAGAGUCUCAAUGAAACUGUUAUACAACAACUCUUGGAGCUGUCAGACCAGGCCGCCGUCAUGGACGGCACCGAUGAUGAGCAAGUCCAGGACCAGGACAUCCGACAGAAGCAGGUGCUUGACCAGGACCAGGCUGCACUAGCUGCAGGAGGUGCGUCUGACAUCCUCCAACAGGCCCUGGAGAACAGUGGCCUGACCAAUGGUCAGCCUACUUCAGUGGUCACCUCCAUGCCGUCUUCCAUCAUCAACCCCGCAAUUUCCACCAUCACCGUUCAUGACUCAUCUACAGGGACUAUCAAGAAACAUGUCAUCCGCAAAGUAAAUGGUGUACGAUGGCACCAGUGCACAUACUGUUCCAAGGAAUUCAAGAAGCCCAGCGAUCUUGUCCGCCAUAUUCGUAUCCACACCCAUGAGAAGCCCUACAAGUGUACACAGUGUUUCCGGGCAUUUGCUGUUAAGAGCACUCUAACAGCACACAUCAAAACACACUCAGGGAUCAAAGAUUAUGUGUGUAACGUGUGCAACAAACUCUUUUCAACCCAAGGGAGCCUCAAAGUCCAUGUACGCCUACACACGGGGGCUAAGCCUUUUGACUGCCCUCAUUGUGACAAGAAAUUCCGGACCUCAGCUCAUCGGAAAUCCCACAUCCAUUCGCACUUUCGUGAUAAUCCUGACCGACGUCCACGAUCAAGGUCGUUACGACGAGCGCGACAGGAUGUAUCUUUACCUGAAAUACCUCUACAAGAACCAAUACUCAUAACAGACACAGGUUUAAUUCAGCAGCCGCCUCGAAACAACAAUGUGUUUAACCAAUACUUGGGGGAGUCCGGGUCUGUGGACAGACCUUACAAGUGUCAUUACUGUCGGCGCUGCUUCAAGAAAUCCAGUCACCUCAAACAACACAUCCGAUCUCAUACAGGAGAGAAGCCAUACCGAUGUAACACAUGUUUCCGAUCAUUUGUCUCCAGUGGGGUGUUAAAGGCGCACUCUCGAACUCACUCAGGUGUUAAAGCAUACAAAUGUCUUAUCUGUGACACCACAUUCACCACUAAUGGUAGCCUGAAGCGGCACAUGUCCACCCACAGCGAAGUCCGCCCCUUCAUGUGUCCGUACUGCCAGAAAACUUUUAAGACAUCAGUCAACUGCAAGAAACACAUGAAGACUCACAGACAUGAGCUGGCCCUGCAGGCUCUGCAGAAUGAGGAGCAGACUGUCACUGACGGGGAGACCCAGUGUGUCGGGGACACCGUGGUCAACACAGAUGACCUGACGCAGCCACAGACAACUGCUGACCUGUCAGCUCUGCAGCAGGAUGACAUAGGCCACACUACCACCAUCACACAGCAGGAGUUCGUCCCGGUCACCAGCAUCUCACAGGACCCUGGAGCCGUGCUCAGUCAGGCCACAUUGCAGGAUCUCACUGGGACAGUCAUCGAUCAUCAGUUACAGCAGACACUCAGUCAGCAGGUGUUUGGUCAGCAGCAGAACUUUGGCCAGGCUUUCCUUAAUGGUCAGCAGGGCUUUGGUCAGCUUGGCCAAACUGUCACCACCUCUCUGAACAGCCUCGGUGGUCAGCUCACAGGCCAAUUGACGACACCACUGGGAACCCAAGUGACCAAUACACUCAACAGCCAGCUGAGUGGUCAGAUGACGUCCUUGACCAGCAACCAGCUGAUGAUGCAGCCCCAGAGUCUGUCCAAUCAGAUGGAAAUACAGCAGGUCAGCACAGCGUUCUCCGUGGCCACCCCCUCAAUGUCCACCACCAUGCCUAGCACCAGCAUGCAGAACAUCCUGGAGACAAGGGAGGUUGAGGACACCUCAGAAGACCAGUUGGUGGAGGAGACAGAUGAAGGGGAGGUAAUCAUUGGCCAGGACGAACACUCAGAUGGCAAGAGGCUGUACAUGUGUGAAAUGUGUGACAAGUCAUUUAAAAAGUCAAGUCACCUCAAGCAGCAUGUUCGAUCUCACACAGGUGAGAAGCCAUUCAAGUGUCCAGAAUGUAACCGAAUGUUUGUAUCGACGGGAGUGUUGAAGGCACACAUGAAGACCCACCUGGGUAUCAAGGACUACAAGUGUCACAUCUGCCAAGCAACAUUCACCACCAAUGGUUCUCUCACUCGUCACAUGAUGAUCCACAGCAGUCUCCGGCCCUUCCGCUGCCCCUUCUGUAAUGAGACAUUCCGCACUGCUGUCCACUGCAAGAGACAUAUGAGGGUACAUCGAGAUGGUUCAGGAGCAGUGCCACCAGAUAGUGUGCCAGGUGAUGAGGAGAACCAGGCCCCUGCCAUCCGCCGCACCAAGGCCAGCAUCCAGAUCACCGAGGACCACACGGAGGAACUGUCCAAAAAUCCUGAGGAUGAGUUGUCUGUGUCGGAAAAAAUACUUUUAGAGUCUGCUUCAGAAAAGGACCGAGUUAGUGAGCAAGAGAAACCAAUUCCCACAAUGCACCACUGCAAGCACCCCCACCAGUGUAACCACUGUCCCAAGAGUUUCAAGAAGCCCAGUGACUUGAUGCGACACAUUCGCAUACACACAGGAGAGAAGCCCUUCCACUGCGACAAAUGUGGCCGCUCCUUCACUGUCAAGUCUACACUAGACAGUCACAUGAAGACGCACGGACCAGCACAAGGUGACAAGAAGUUUAAGUGUCAUGUCUGCAGUUCCUUGUUUUCCACAAAAGGCAGUUUAAAAGUUCACAUGCGGCUUCAUACAGGAGCCAAACCAUUCAAAUGUCCACACUGUCAGGGCAGGUUUCGAACCUCCGGACACCGCAAGAGUCACAUCCUGUCCCAUUUCAAGCAAGACUUACCAAAGAAACGAAAAGUUUCACGCAGUGUGGACACGUCCCAUAACUUCCCCGUCACGAUGGUCAGUACUUCAGAGGUACCAGUGCAAGCCGGGGUUCCUCAUCAAGCAAUGUCUAGCCAAGUGGUCAGUGUUGACCCAUCCCUACUUCAGACACAGAGCAUCAUGCCCAUCUCAUUCACAGUCCCGGACAAUCUGACAUCACUCAAUGAGAGUCAGCUUGCUACGCAAGUAUUACAAGGUCUGGAAGGUAUCCAGCUUCAUUUCACCUCAGGGCUCGGACAGGGUAUUCAGAUUGCUGGUCUGGAUCCCAACAUUUUGUCUCAAACUGUGCAGAUCGAUGCUAGUCUACUGCAGCAGCUACAACAACAGGGUAACAUCAACAUCACCAUCAACCCCAACGUCAUCACACAACAGGUGCAAGCUCAGGAUCCCAAUGUCAUUACACAGACCGUGCAGGCCACAGAUCAGGGUCUGUUAACACAGACCGUUCAGGCUGAUGGGACAGUCCUGCAGCAGGCUGACCCUAACAUCAUCACGCAGACCGUUCAUGAUCCCAACCUCAUGCAGAAUAUCCAGAUACAGCCAGUGUCUUCGCUGCAGGACACGGUCAACCCCAAUGUGAUUGUCCAGCCCAUGUCCAGUGUGGCGGUCACACAAGUAGACGCACAACAGCAAGCUCUACAAGCUCAGAACAUCACCCUACAAGCUAGGCCAGAUAUGGCCGGGUUUGUUGUGCCCGACCAUAUGGAUGUGCAGGUUUCGGAAGUGUCUCAUAUGGUUGUUGACCAGGACCAAUCUCUGCUGAGUGACAACAAUGAUGACGAUGAGGACGAUGAUGAUGAUGACUACAAUGACGAUGAUGACGAGGUGCCGCUAGACGACCACAACUCAACCAUUGUCCAUGAUGAUGACACAUCACUAGACUUCCCCCAAGCCAUGCCCAUACAUGAUGAGAAGUACUCCCUACAGAGGAACCAUAUAUGUGGGGUAUGCCAUAAGGCAUUCAAGCGGUCCAGCCACCUGAAGGAGCAUCUGACCACUCAUGCCCCUGGUUCUAUACCCAAGAAAGUGAAGCCUACUCCACAUAGAUGUCAGACUUGCGACAAGGCCUUCCAGAAACCCAGCCAGCUGAUGAGGCAUGAACGCAUACACACAGGUGAAAGGCCAUACGUAUGCAAUCUGUGUGAAAAAGCGUUCAACCAGAAGAACGCACUUCAGGUACAUCUGAAGAAGCACAGCGGUGAGCGACCUCAUCUUUGUAGCUACUGUUCCCUGUCCUUCACACAAAAGGGCAACUUAAAGACGCACAUCAAGCGCGCGCAUCACCUGGAGAUGGUGCAGUCGAUGAACUUGCCGCACGGCUUUGUCCCAGCAGCCACCAACACGAUCAGCAUCACCUCAGCACCACCCAACACCGGCGAUGACGAGGGAUUGGACCUUUCAGAGGUUGUUGACCUCUUUCAACAAUAGACACACAAUGCAUCUAUGGAGCAAUAUGGACAGUUCUUUCACUUUCAACAGGAACACUUGUGUACACAUGGUUAUGUGUUGUGAUGAACAAAGAUAUGUAUCUGAACAUGUUUCAGGAAAUAGAGCAAUGAUUUACAGGUCUGAAAGACUAUGAAGCAGUUGAGGUGAAUUGUGUACAAGAAAUAUGGGACAGCCCUGACCAGCCUUGAAGUAGUGGAGGUGUAAUGUGUGUAGCUGAACAGCUCUGUGAGAGUUUCCAUCUGUUUGUGCUAAAAGACUUCAUACAGUCUCAGCAAAGACUGUUGGUAAUAGCCAGAAACACGACCAAAUGGAGUAAAGAAGCAGUAAAAUUUGGCUGGAAAGAUACUAGGCUGAAAAAUUGCUUCUCAGGCAUUGACUGUUGCUGAACUGGUGAUGUUGGCAUUUGAGAUUUUAUUUCGGGGGUUGGGGAGAAAUGGAUAAUUUUUUUGUUUUUGUGUGAAAACAGAACUGAUAUGCCUCUGUGAUUUUGUUAUUGCAGCAGUGCCUGGGAAACAUGCUUCUUCAUCGUUAUAGCCUUACACUGAUGUUCUUGCCAGCACCAUAGCAUACUUGAUGCACACUACACAUGUGCAUUAUCAAUGGUUUUAGUAAUUUUCACGCAAGUAUUCAGCAUGCUCAAGUUAUCCAUACCUUUAUUACUAGCAGUUUUCCAUCUGCAUUGGUAAUCAAAACAGUUUGACUUGCAUAAACAUUUAUCCAUUCUUGUUCUAUUAUUUUUUAAACCAUAUGAGAAAGUUGACUGAAAGCCUGUGUGAUCAGUUUAACAUUGUCGUCAUGGAAACUAACCUUGAUCUCAAUAUGGAGGUGGACAUGUAUUAAUGAAUAUUUUCUUGCCAAACAUGUGGUUAUGUUGUACUUUGUCAUCAUGAUUUCUAUUUGUAAGUGAACAUUCAAAUAUUCUCAAUGUCAUGUAUCUUCUUUAAAAUUGAAUCUGAAUCUUGUCAGCUGAGAAAUAUGUCUUUGUGUGUACCUCUCUUAGAAGAAAUUUAUAAAUCUACAGCAACAAUAUCUGUAAUAUAUUUCACAAGCGCAUGUCUUCUAAUUCCACUUACUAUGUAUUUUGGGGUAUGUGCGCAUUUUUUAGAUACAACUCUCAGGAGUUAGAAAGGAGGGUCAUCUUAGAUGUGUGGUAUUAAGAAAUAAGUAUUCACCACCAGCAUCGAUGAAUGGGGUCGUUGCCAGUAGAGCUGAAGAAAAGUGAUGAUUAUAGGUUUGGCAAGGUGAGGCAUAUGAAUUAGAUUUGGAUUUCAAGAUUCAAAUUUGGGGUCAGCAAAUACCCAAUAAUAUACAGUAGACAUAUUGUGCAAUCUUCUAUUUGAUACGAACAGCAUAGUUGUUCAUCUCUGGUCAUUGUAAUCUUGUGAAGUUUUACUUUCCUCUGAUGUCAGUUGAAGCAUCAGAGGGAUUAAAUCUGUUAUUUGAACUGUCAUGAAAUGUCAAGUACAUAUUUUGUAUAGAGUGAGCUAUGCCUGGACAUCAGCAUUAUGACAUUCAACAGAACAUCCAACUACUGAACUGGGAAUCACGGCAGCUACAUCCACACCCCAGGUAUUGUUGUUGAUUCUGCAAUUUGAACUUGUUGCUGUUGUAACUCAAUUGGGAUUCCAUGCUUGUUAACUGACCAAUGCAUGUUCAAAGAAUGGAUGGAAUUUUGAAAGUCUUUUAUUUAUUUGAAUUCACAUCAAUGUCUGUCUGAAGCAGUUGUUUUCAUACAGAUUAAAUCUGUUGUUGGCCAUUUGUUAUGAA